ACGGGCGUCUCUCCGCCGCUCCGGUACUCUGGGAUUACUAACCGUUCACCGUUCACCGAACACAACCAGCUGCAACUAACUCCUCACCGAGACUUUACCGCCUCACCGACACAUCCUCCGGUGAUUUAGCCGCUCCUCGGCGGACCUGCGGAGGAAACAACACGAUCCACUGGGAGCUGCUGUCUGCACCGAACUGUCUGCACGAUCUCCGUCUGAAGGCUGAGGAAAUUUGAAGACUGGACGAUCUCUGAGGGAGAACCCAGAGGGGGGUUUUAACCCCUGACGCCCCAUCAACCACCCCGCCUCCAAAACCCCGCCCCCCUGCUGAGGUGACUUCCGAAGAGAAGUACGAGGAACUUAAGAUUGGUGGAUCCUUGGAAAACCUGUCUGUGGGAGGUGAGUCCGCUGAGGGCCAUGUGUUUCUGCUGAGGUCUCGUCUCCCGCCAACAUGAGGCCGACGCCCGGCUCGCCUCGACCCGUCCCGCCGGCCAUCCUGGCUCUCACCUUCGCCGCCUUCUUACCUCAGCUGUCCUCAGGAGCCACGCCGUUCCCCCAGGACCUGGAGCCAAUCAGCAUCGUGGGCCGAGAGUCCUCCUACCUCCACCCCAGCUUCCAGGGACUCAUGUCGGACAACGACACCGUCCGCCUGGGCCUGGACUUCCAGAGGAUGCUGAGGAUCAACCACAUGCUCUACAUCGCCGCCCGGGAUCAUGUGUUCGCCAUCAACCUCGCCACGUCCUCUGAGCAGAUCGUCCCGCAGCAGAAACUCACUUGGAAGACGAAGGAUGUGGAGAAGUGCACAGUGAGAGGGAAAAACAGCGACGAAUGUUACAACUAUAUCAAAGUGCUGGUGCCGCGCAACGACGAGACCCUGUUCGCCUGCGGCACCAACGCCUUCAACCCCACCUGCAGGAACUACAAGAUGUCCACAUUGGAGCAGGAAGGGGAGGAGGUGGUGGGACAGGCUCGAUGUCCCUUUGAGUCCCGUCAGUCAAACGUUGGCCUGUUUGCAGGUGGUGAUUUCUACUCAGCCACCAUGACGGACUUCUUGGCGAGCGACGCGGUGAUUUACAGAAGUCUGGGAGAAAGUAGCCCCGUGCUGCGGACCGUCAAGUACGACUCCAAGUGGCUGAGAGAGCCCCAUUUCCUCCACGCCAUAGAGUACGGGAACUACGUGUACUUCUUCUUCAGCGAGAUCGCAGUGGAGUACACCACUCUGGGCAAGGUGGUUUUCUCCAGAGUCGCACGUGUCUGUAAGAAUGACAACGGCGGCUCUCCGAGGGUGCUGGAACGUUACUGGACGUCUUUCCUCAAAGCGCGGCUGAACUGCUCCGUGCCCGGCGACUCCUUCUUCUACUUCGACGUUCUGCAGUCGCUGACGAACGUUCUGCAGAUCAACCACCGGCCGGCCGUGCUCGGAGUCUUCACCACGCAGGCCAACAGCAUCACCGGCUCGGCGGUGUGCGCGUUCUACAUGGACGACAUCGAGAGGGCCUUCAGCGGUAAAUUCAAAGAGCAGAGGAACAGUGAGACGGCGUGGACGCCUGUCCCCGAGGAUCAGGUCCCCAAACCGAGGCCGGGCUCCUGCGCCGGCGAGGGCUCAGCUGCGUCCUACAAGUCGUCCACCACCUUCCCCGACGACACGCUGACCUUCAUCAAGUCCUACCCGCUCAUGGACGAGUCGGUGCCGUCGGUCAACGACAGACCGUACUUCACCCGCACCACCAGCAGAUUCAAGUUGACCCAGAUCGCCGUGGAUACGUCUGCGGGGCCGUUCAAGAACUACACUGUGGUGUUUCUGGGCUCCGAUAACGGCCACGUGCUGAAGAUCCUGGCGAGCACCGAGGGAGCCAACGCCUCCUUCAGCACGCAGCUCCUGGAGGACAUCGACGUCUACAACCCCAACAAAUGUAACGUGCGGGGGGAGGACAGGAGGGUGCUGGGGCUUGAGCUGGAUCGGGAUCAUCACGCCUUGUUCGUGGCGUUCUCCAGCUGUGUGAUCCGGGUGCCGCUGAGCCGCUGCUCCGACUACAGCACCUGCAAGAAAAGCUGUCUGUCUUCUCGGGACCCGUACUGCAUCUGGCUGAGGUCAGGCAGCUGUGCAACGGUCUCACCUGGCUUCAAAGGCAGCUUCGAACAGGAUGUGGAGAACGGUUUCCAUCAGCAGCCUGAUUCCUGCCACGACGUCCUGGCGACCACCCGCAGGCAGAACACGGCGCUGGACUCAGCGUACGGGAAGACCACACCCACAAGCGCCAGCACCACCUAUCAUGGGGCGGCAUUCCCAAAGGAGGCAGGUGACCCUGAAAGAGGUACAGGUCCUGAUGGCCGCCCCGUGGGGGAACAAGGGUCACCUGACUCGGAGCCAAUCAGUGUGGAGAUGGAGGGUGUGAGGCGGCCGCCAGACCUGGACAAGACCAAUCACAGCGUCCACUACACCCUCCUGAUCGCCUGUGUGCUGGUGGCCUUCGUCCUCGGCGCCUUCCUCUCUGGCUUCCUGGUCUCCUGCUACUGUAACCACGUGGGCCACAAGACCAAGAAACUGGCGAAAGACCCCGAGGCUCCGAUCCCUCACGCGCUGUCGCUCCGCAGCCUGGCCAAGCUCAACGGGCUCCUGGACAGCCAGAGCAAGGACGACAAGCUGGAGGUGUCCUCUCCGAAGAUCUACAACUCCUUCUUCGCCAACAGCAAGGAGCAUCACCCGCCGAGGAGAAACGGCCAUCACGCCAUGACGAUGGGAGACCUGGUCCACCCCCACCACCACCACCACCACCUCCACCACUCCUCCGAGCUGUCCGGUCUGCCCACGCCGGACUCCACCCCCGAGCUGCCCAUCAAGAGCAUGAAGGCCUUCAAGAACCAGUGGGAGAAGAACCAGAACUGCAACAACGCCAAGGAGCCAAAGUCCCACAACACGAGCUCCAGGCCCAGCUCCGCCCUGCUGCACCAGCAGGUCUUCCCUUACUCCCACGGCCUCGCCAACGGGCAGCCGCUGGUCGGAGGUCACCUCCACCCAGAGGAACGUAAAAUCCACAAUGUUGAGCGCGUUCUGUCUCAGCAGCCGUACGCGGGUUACUCUCAGAAGGUGAUGGAGGUCACCUCGCUGGAUGAGCUCCUGAAGCACAUCCACGAGGCCAGCAGCGCCAAGAACUCCCAGUUAAUGAGCCCGUCGGGUCUGAUGGCCUGCGGCGGCGGAGGUCAGCUGGCAUUCGCCAACCGCAUCCAACCUCAGAUUCCUGAGACAGAAUCAGCCCCGUACUACAGCUCGUCCACGUUACCUCGAGACAGCCUCACCCGACGCAUGGACGUCCCUCCAGACAUCCCCCCGCACCACCAGUCCACCCUGGAGAGGAGGCACUCCUCCCAGAGGCACUCGCUGAUCGCCGCCGCCACUAAGAUGCCCAACGGAGGCGGAGGCGGAGGAGGAGGCGGAGGGAUGAUUCCUCGCCAGCACAGCUUCAGCCAACGAAACGGCGGCCCCCACCAGCCGCCGCCCCUCCUGGCCCGGAUGAACUCGACGGGCAGCGCCUGCGAGGUUCACUACCCUCUCAUCCCUAACGGGUACCUGACUCGCCAGCACAGCUACAACGGAGAGCAACCGGAGGUCCAACACAGGGGCGCCAUCGUCCGCCGGGCCUCCUCUCUCAAACCUGACGUCCCUCCCAAGCCCCUCUUCAUCCCCGCCACGUCCCCCGUCAACCAGCCGGGGAAGUUCAACUACUGAGGACGUCCUCUGGUGGACUGCAGAGGGACGCUCCCUCGGUGAGUCCCCUUAGAAGAACUUCCUUUGAAGAGACGCCGCGGCGUCGAGGUCGCAGACCUUCAGCGGAGAACCAGUCGAGUGGCAGCAGGUGUCACUGUGGACGAGAGCCUCAACCAAACUCGUUUGUUCCCUCCUCUUUUUGUCCAACGGAUAUCUUUGUACCAUAUUGGUAUUGCUCAGCUCCGUGCUUCUGAUAGAACCGCUGACUCAGGUGACGUGACGCCACCUCCUUUCCGUUCGGUUGCCGGCGUCCUCGGUGUGGAUUUACAGAGCAACGCGUUGAUGUUGGAAGAACUCUUCAAACGCGUCGGCCAUCGUGAAGACUUUCUGCGAUGCUUAGAUUCAUGCUUUUGCUUCAAACCUUUUCUGAUGUAGUGUUGGUAACCAGUCCCCGCCCCCCUCCUCGAAUGUGUUUAUAUUAUGCAUGUGUGUGUAUAUAUAUGUGUGUUUAUAUCCACACCGUAUAUGUAUACAUAUACAGAUGCAGUAUAUGUAACCUGUGGUGAAAAGAUUCCCCUGGAAGUAGUUCUGUCUUUGCCUUACUAUACUCGACCAUCUCUGGGCACAUCAAACGACGCCCCGCCCCCUCAGAGAGACCUCAGUGACAUCACACCAUUACAUCAUCGUCAGGCGGCUAAAAACACCGAACCAAAAGUGUUUCAAAUUGACCAGAGAAAGGAAAUACUUCAACAAAGCAGCUAUCCUCGUCUCUUCUCUCUUUAGUUUCUCCCGUCCCAGCGGACGUCAGGUCACAGGAGACGCCGUCGACUCCCAUCAAGUUCCUCCAGAAUGUCUCGAUCAGAUUGGUGCUGCACACACUCGAACUCGUGACUCGAACGUUCGCUCGAUAAACUGAAAGAGUCAGAAAACGCCGUCUGAUGGUGAGAGAAUGAAACACAGAGCGGACUGCAGUUAUUCUAGUUAUUAACUUUGUUGGUUGUAAAUAAAGGAAUAAUUACUAGCCAAAUUUUAACUGUAUGUGUAAAUGUGUGCCUUAUUUAAUGAUAGUGUGUGACAGCGGGGGGGUCAGAUGGCCACUAUGCUACAGUAUAUUGUGUCAGUGUGUGUCAGACUGUAACUGUUGUUCAUCUGAAGAGUUUCAUUCCAGAACCAGAAAUCUGUCACUUUUAUUAUUAUUAUUGUCAUUAUUAUAUUUUGCAGAAAAAUGUCCGCACAACACUGUCUAACUAUAUGUAAAAUAAUGAUUUUAUUUUUGUUUUCUGUACAGAAAUGUCGCAAUAAAGUCAUUAUUAU